GUAUUCUUUGUCUCUCUCAGAAACACUCCAUAUAUAUAUCUUGUAUUUAUUGAAAUAUCAUACAUUAUCUAAACAUGGCAAAUUCCAUCGCAACCAAUACACUAGUCAUUCCAAAUAUUCCUAAACUCUUCUUUACUAGCCAAGAUGCCAUAGAUACCAUUCGAUCCAUGUGGGAAGACUUUGGUGAACUUCAUCAAAUGAUUCCAAUGAAAGGAUUUAGACGUUUGAUGGUCAUUUAUCUCGAUACCCAACAUGCUAUAGCUGCCAAGAAUUAUAUGGAUCAUCGUAUUCUUUAUUGGCAAGAGAUUGACAAUACAAUGCACAUUGUUGGAUUGGAAACUACAAGUGACAAGGACAUAUCAAAUGAUUUACCUUUAUAUGAAAUGGAAGCUCGGGUAUACUUUGGCCAACACAAUCCUAUCAAUCCUGACCCAGCAUCAUUUUCAUUACAAGUUCCCGACCUUGGAAGAAACCUACUUAUCUCACCACCAGGUGAUCCUUGCAAUCAAUGGGAACAACGAGCAGAAUCACCACCCAACAAGGCGAUUUUGGCAUCUGAUUUAUUACGAGCAUUGACGACAGUGGACGAACAAGGUGAUGAAGAUGAUUUGGAUAUGUUGGAUGAUUUUCAACUGGAUGAUGGUCCAAUAACAAAAAUGCCUUCGACUGAUACCGAUACGGAUGACAUUCCGGCCAUGCAAGUAGUAUCUUCACCUUUGUCUUCUACAUCAUCUUCUCCUCGAUUGGAAACACCUACUUUACAACUCUCUUUUGAUCAUGACUCAUUACCUACUAUUCGAAUUCAAGACAUGGAUGGUUCAUUACUCACACAACAUCAUCAAAAAACCAAUCGACCUUCUGCUACUGCUCGUCCACCUAUUCGGUCUUGAUUUGGAUUCUAUCUUAAUUUUAGGUUUCCCCUUUGUUGUUUAUUCUCAUCAUUGUCCUAUUAUUAUACUUAUACAUAUACUUGUUUUUUUUUAUUUAGUCGUCAAUAAAAAUAUGGCUUUCAUCCUGAAACACUUUUGUA